ACUUGUAAGAACCUUAAGAGAAAAAUGAUAAUGACGUUCCCCUGGUGGCGCAAAUGAGUAAAGUAAGAGAAGAAGAACAGUGGGCGUGUCCUAGAGUCGUGUCCGGAAACAUGGAGGCUGUGUUGAGUGACAUAGUUGCUCCCGAAGAUCUUAUGAAAUUUGAGAGGAAAUACAACAGCGAGCUGGUGAAGGGGGCCGUGUCCAAGGAGACAAAGUUUGAAUAUGCCUGGUGUUUGAUUCGCAGCAAAUACUCUGAUGAUAUCAAGAAAGGAAUUGUGCUGCUGGAGGAACUAGCUCAGAAAGCAUCCAAAGACGACUCGCGGGACUUUUUGUUCUACCUUGCUGUGGCUCACUACAGGCUAAAGGAAUAUGAGAAAGCCCUGAAAUCCAUCCGAACCCUUCUGAGAAACGAGCCGGGAAACAAGCAGGCUCUGGAGCUAGAGAAGCUCAUCGACAAGGCUCUGAAGAAAGAUGGUCUGGUUGGCAUGGCGAUCGUUGGAGGCAUUGGACUUGGCGUGGCAGGAUUAGCUGGCCUCAUUGGCUUGGCUGUGUCAAAGGGAGCUUCCAAAUCCUAACAUGCAGUUGUGUACUGAAUACAUGCUGGACUCACACACUAACAUUUCCCUGCAUCACCCAAGAAACGCUUUCUUGUGGGUCUUUCUGAAGUUUUUCAACAUUACAGAUGGUUUGAAAGUUAUUCUGAUCUAGUAACUGCCUCCUUGCGCUCUUUAGCAUGGCACUUUGUUUUCACAUGUGUACAUACUGCACACCACCUCUUGUUCUGUAGAUUGUCUGCACCUAAAUGUUCUGUUUUGUAGCACAAAGUCUGUUUCGCUUGUGUACUCAUCAGAUGAUCUGUGCAGGGUGAUGUUUUUGUAGCCUCCAAUGCAAGAGAUGACGGCUAGUUAUUGAAGGGAACACUGAUUUGUACACAUACAGUCAUGUAAAUUGGAUUUUAUCUGAUAAUAAUCUGCAUCCAAUGCAUUUUGUUUUUUGCAUCAAGUAAAUAAAAUUAUUUUGAAUGGA